AUAUUCAAAAAUGCUACAUGAUGAUAGCCCGGCAAUACAAAUCGCAUGCCAUUUUGUGCAAAGGAGGUUUCAAGCGUUUUGCCUAUGGCGUAUCCGCUGGCAUAGCUACAAACGUUACAACAUAUCACAAUGAAGUUGCUAACAUCUGUUUUCAUUCUGCUGGCCAUUAUCCAAGUCGCGCUGUCGCUUCACCUCGUGCAAAAUGGACCCGUCCAUAAAGGCAGAAGCGACAUGGAGGCCACUGCAAUCAAUUGCACUACGUGCAAAAAAUACAUGGGAAAGUUCUACGAGGCAAUCGAAUUACAUCUGAAAACUCUAAAGCCUGACAUUAUCAAAAUCAUCGAAGAUAUCUGCAAGACGAGUGCGGGCAAGGACAGCAGCAUGUGUAAGGACGCUAUCGACGAUUUCCCCGACUUUAUCAUCAAGAAAUUGCGGGAAAUACUGAAUCCCUAUGGCUUCUGCCCUGCGGCUGAGUACUGCCCCAAGGGAGCACACGAAAACUUGGAGACAGAUGGGCAACAGGUUGCUGGGAAUGACGAGUGUACUCAAUGCCAGGAUUUCUUCGGAGAUGCCCGGCAGAAAGUCAUCAAAAAUGGCGAAGUAGACGUAGCCGUUGCCGAUGAGUUUCACAAGGCUUGCGAUUCCUUCUGCGCGCUCGGGUUCUUCUGCUACGAAAUGGUGAAAGAUUUCUUCCCGGUCAUGCUGCGGAAAUUGGCGGUUUUAGCGCCUGAUGACCUCACAGGAUGCAAGGCGCUUGGAUACUGCAGCGCAUCAGAGAAAAAGAGAGAUAUUGAAAAUGAGGGGCUUGUCGUCAAAUUAUUCCAGAGUCCAAUGAGUGAAGACACUGCACCAACCUGCGCCGACUGCCGGGAAUUUAUGGGGAAAGUCUACGAAGCGUUGGAAAAAGGAGUAACUGCGUUCAUGCCUCUUAUCGCAGCAAAGGUGUCUGAAGUCUGUAGUUUGGCGGGCCCUGAUGCCGACAUGUGCCGAGACGGUCUGAAGGAUUUUCCUAAAGUGUGGGUGCCGGAUCUCAUAACACUACUGAACCCGUACUUCUUUUGCCCAGAGGCCAAGUACUGCCCCACUUCGGGUUAUGAGACAAGCCUUCAGUUGCAAGAUCAACAGCCACCCUGCGAGCGUUGCAAAGCCUUCUUCACGGAUGUCAGCCAGCGAAUCGGAAGAGACAUCCAAAUCGAUGUGGCUAUAUCAAAGCAGCUGGAGAAAACCUGCGACGGUUUUUGUUCCCUUGCCUCCUGGUGCAAGAAGGCAGUGGAGAGCUACACUCCGACUAUGAUACAAACCUUCCCGUCUACACUGGCUAAUCCGAAUGAAAUCUGUGCACAGCUGAAAUAUUGCUCAGCAGAGAGAACAGCUGAUAUGCCGAAUCUUGUCAGCAACAUGGCCGCUAGCAUGGAAAAGCAAGAGGAUCUCGCCAUGUCCCAGAAAUUAAACCGACGCAAGGCAUGAAAAUGGCAGCACGGGUUGCACAUGUCAAGUGUGAAGUUAUAUUUACUAUAGUGUGUUAAGGUAAUCAGGGAGCUACCGCGGACGAAUGUAUUUGCAUUGUAUUUUAAGUGUUAUGAAAUGGAAAUGUGAGACCGCCUCUAUUGAGAGAGCAAUCAGUAAGGGCGAGUCGGUGCACUCUAAAAAGUCCCGGGUCAGACUUGACCCGGAAAAGGGUCAUGUGGGGCCUGAACCUUUUCUGAGUCAAAAAUGACACUUUUUUGACCCGGCAAAGGGUCUGG